UUUUCAGUAUGUUUGUUCUUCCUUUUUAGGCCGCUAUGUUGUUAAGGCUAUGAAGCAUGUGGAACCCGCUUUGAAACAAACUAUUCAAAGCCUGCCUAAGUCGGCAUUCAGUGGAUACUACAGGGGUGGAUUUGAGGCUAAAAUGACUAAGAGAGAAGCAGCUCUUAUAUUGGGAGUGAGCCCUACAGCUAAUAAAGUUAAGAUUCGAGAAGCACAUAGAAGGAUCAUGGUACUCAAUCACCCAGACAAAGAAAAUGGUUUGUUUGACAGGUGGAUCUCCUUACCUUGCAUCUAAAAUCAAUGAAGCUAAGGAUUUACUGGAUUCUCAGAACAAAAAAUGAUUUUGCAGGAAGACAGCUGAACCAUCAAUCACUGCAGCAAGGAUAUAUUAUGGGUUAUGGUGUGGCAAUAGGCUAAUUUAAUCAUGUAAUCAAGAACCUAUUUUAAAUAAAUCAUCUGAUAUUCAGUAA